CCCCCUGUGGAUUGCCUUUCCUGGCACCGCUCUAGCCGUCGCUCUCGGUGGGCACCGCCGCCAGCCAAUCACUGGGCAUACCGCCCUGCACCCCUCCCCCCUCGCCUCCCGUGGAUCAGCUGGGGUACCCGAGAUGUCUGUUGACAGCGGUGGAGGCGACUGUGCGGCGGGUUCCGGGAUCCGCGCAGGGCUAGGGAUGUGAGUCCUAUGGAGCUACACCGGAAAGAAGAGCAGCCGCCACCGCAGGAACCCUGGGGGAGGCUUCUUCGUCUAGGCGCAGAGGAGGACGAACCCCAAAUCCUUCUUUGGAAACGCGAGUGGACCAUCGGAAGGAGGAGAGGCUGUGACCUCUCUUUCCCCAGCAAUAAACUGGUCUCUGGAGAUCACUGUAAACUUAGAGUGGAUGAAAAAUCUGGUGAGGUGACACUGGAAGACACCAGCACCAAUGGAACAGUAAUCAAUAAGCUCCAAGUUGUUAAGAAGCAGUCUCACCCUUUACGGAGCGGGGAUAUUAUCUAUGUGGUAUACAGGAAGAAUGAGCCAGAACACAAUGUGGCAUACCUCUAUGAAUCUUUAAAUGACAAACAGAGCUUAACUCAAGAAUCUUUUGAAGCCAAUAAAGAAAAUAUGUUCCAUGUGACCAAAGAUUCCUCAGGUCCAGGGCAGGGUGAUGACCCCCAGGUUCCACUAUUGUCACCCAUGGCUCAGACAUGCUUAGAGGAACCACAGCCAUCAACAUCGACAUCAGACCUCCUCCCCACGGCCUCUACCUCUUCUACGGAGCCAGAGCUGACCUCUGCAGGGCAAAAGCAUUCCUCUAGCUCUGGACUUGGGAAUACAAGUAUCUCCUCACAAGAAUGUAGUUCGCUUGUUGCAAAUGGUGAACUCUCUAGCCUUCCUCCAGUCUUCGAAGACAGAGAAGCAUCCUGUUCUUUGUUGGAAACUGAAGACCAUGAGGAGUUGGAGCCUGCCAAAAAAAAGCUGAGAGGAGAUGGGGAGCUUGACAUGAACCUCCAGUUAUUAGUUGCAGACCAGCGUGGGAAUGUCCAGACCUCAAGUGAGGAUGUCAGAGAUGCCUCUGUGAAGCCAGACAAGGAUGAAGAGGGGAGUUCAGAGGACCUGCUAGAGCUGUCUGAUGUUGAUAGUGAAUCCUCAGACAUCAGCCAGCCAUACAUUGUAUGCAGACAGUGUCCUGAAUACAGAAGACAAGCCGUUCAGUCUCUUCCUUGUCCAGUCCCAGAUAGUGAGCUGGGAGUUACACAGGCACAUGGUGGGGAAGCACCUUCAACAUCUGCCAGCUUGCCAACAGCCCCAGAUUACGUGUGCCCUCUCCAAGGAAGCCAUGCCAUAUGUACCUGCUGCUUCCAGCCUAUGCCUGACCGGAGAGCUGAGCGUGAGCAGGAUUCCCGUGUGGCCCCUCAACAGUGUGCAGUGUGCCUGCAGCCCUUCUGCCACCUGUAUUGGGGCUGCAGGAGGACUGGCUGCUUUGGCUGCUUGGCCCCAUUCUGUGAGCUCAACCUGGGGGACAAGUGCUUGGAUGGAGUGCUGAACAAUAACAAUUAUGAGUCGGACAUCCUGAAGAAUUACCUGGCAACCAGGGGUCUGACAUGGAAAAAUAUGUUGACAGAGAGUCUCCUGGCUCUACAGCGGGGUGUAUUUAUACUGUCUGAUUACAGAAUCAGUGGAAAUACUGUGCUGUGUUACUGCUGUGGUCUGCGUAGCUUCCGAGAGCUCACCUACCAGUAUCGUCAGAACAUUCCUGCUUCUGAGUUGCCAGUGACCGUGACAUCUCGUCCUGAUUGCUACUGGGGCCGGAACUGUCGAACGCAGGUGAAGGCUCACCAUGCCAUGAAGUUCAAUCACAUCUGUGAGCAAACAAGGUUCAAGAACUGAAUAUUGGAGGAGACACAUGAAACAGUUCCACAGCACAGGAGGC